UUUUGCCCGUUCCUUAUUUUAAGUGAGCCUCAUCUAUGUUCAUUUUGAGUUCCUAUAGAUUAAAGCUCUUUGGCAGAUGGGAAUCGUUGAGGGAAUUUGAUGCUUUGUCUUACAGGUGUAAACAAAUGGUAACCGCAUGUAAAAGAUUCACCAUCCACCGGACAUCGAAUGUGCUGACGCUAUCGUUGAAACGCUUUGCUAGCUUCACAGGAGGCAAACUUUCUAAAGAAAUAAAAUAUCCAGAAUAUUUUGACAUCCGUCCAUACACCUCCAAUCCCAACGGCGAACCAAUUAUUUAUGAUCUGUAUGGUGUCCUCGUUCAUUCUGGUUUUAGUUGCCACAGUGGACAUUAUUUCAGUUACGUUAAGGCCAGCAAUGACCAGAGGUAUCUAAUGAAUGACUCAUCCAGCACAGACAUCCGUACAGUGCUGAAUCAGCAGACAUACCUUCUGUUUUAUAUCAGCAGUCACAACGUAUACAAAUCUGUGCUUUCCUACUCUGUUGGCUAUUACUCCGCAGCCAUAAGAGCUUUCAAGAUUUUAUUUUUCAAUAUUGUCUGGCAUUCUCCAGAGAAAACAAAACACGUCAAUGGAGACCAUUUACAAAAAAUAAUUGUGAACAGCAAUGCCACUGUGAAAAGGUCAUCUUUAACUAGUGCAACAGUUAACCGACCAUCUGUCAGUUUAUCUGCAAACAAACAAAAGAUCACAAUAAAUAUAAACAAACUCUCUAAUCAUCAAACUAAAUUACACAAGACAGACUUUGGAAACAAGUCCAUCUCUUCGUCCCCUGCUACCAAGCAGAUCCCAGCACACUCUACCUCAAGAGUUUGUACUCCCCUGGCUCAUAAGCAGGUGCCUCAGAACACCUGUUCUGCACCAAUAGUAAAUGGCAAGUCCGGUGGAAGUUUGCGGACACUUGUACCUUAUGGGGAAGAAUCUUCUGAGGAGUCUGAAGAAGAGUUAAAGGGAUCAAAAGAGGCGCCUUUAAAUGGGAUUAUUGAACAAAAUGGACCUUCCCCGUUUAAUAACACAUCUUCCCUUGAUGGAAAAGACGUUACUAUUGCCCAGACAAAAGAGAUGUCUAUAUGUGCAGCUGCUCAGAAUGGUGUCCACAGCCCGAGUGCCAAUGGCAUCACAAACGGACUUUCUAGCUACAGUAAAGAAACUCUCCACUGCUCUAAUGGUCCUUCCAAAGCCGACGACCUAGAUUAUCAUGAUGACUCUGUUUUACCGGUGAUUGAGAAAUCGCUUCAUUCAACAACCUCCUCGAACAAACCAGAGAACCAGUCACCAGAGGAAAACAGAUUGCAAGAUUUAGGAGAUAACGCUACUGUCAACCAAAAUACUGCAGCUCAAAGUGAUAAACCUCCGUGUGUUGACAAGACUGCAACGCUGCGGUCUUCCCGAGAGGAGGGAAAGGCUCACGGUAACGUAAAUGGACAAGUUGCUGUCAUUGAAGCCACAUUCACCAACAGCCAUGAUUGGGUGUCUUCCACUACACAUCUGUUGCCUGAUCUUCAAGAGAGAUGUCCGGUUUUAAAAAAUGGACAUUAUUCUGCAAAUCUGGAUGAAGAGGCAUUUCCAAGCACCAAGCACAUCAAAAGGGGGAAUCAUCCAAGAAGUGAAAGGUGCCGCUCAGACAGCAGCGAGCGAGAAAAGUCUAAAAGUAACGGCCAUGGUCGUAGCCGGGAACGAAAAUCUUACAGUAGAGAGAGAAAGAAGUACGACUGCAGCCGACCAUCUCACGGCUUUGACUAUAGACACCGUGACAACUACAGAAGUCAGUACUCUCAUAAAGACUACGACAGACACAAUCAUUAUGGAAGAAGGUCAAGGAGCCCAGACUAUUCUAGAAAAUAUGACCAUCCGAAGAGGGCUCGUUCUCGCAGCCAUGAAAGGAACCAUCAGGAUAGAAAACAGAGAUGUGACAACUACCAAAAUCAUGAUUAUUCCAGUAGUUUUAGAAAUGCCAGAGAGAGGCCUUAUGAAGAGCGAGACAGUAGAGAUCACAGGAGCUGGUGGAGUCAUCAUAGUAGAGAGAAAGGACACGAGCACUUGUAUGAAGAUAGGCAUAACCGAUAUUACAUUCCAUCUGUACCUCGGCGCUCUGAUGGUUCUUAUGAGAGAACCAAAAACUCAGAGGAUCACUAUCACCACCAUUAUGAGGACACUUAUUACAGAAGGCGGCAACACGAGGACUUAAAAUCGAGACCAAAACCUUUUGAACGACAGAAUGGAAGAAAGCGCAGGUCCUCUGACAUCGAAGACAACUGUAACGUGGAGUUUGGCGUUAAGCGCAAAGUCAUGCGCAUUACAGCGUAAGCGGUUACAGAGUCCUUGAAAAUGUAAUCCUUUUCGCAUUGGUGAAAUCUUGAAGCAUCCUUCCUAAUCCAGCAAGUCAUCGAUUUUUAACUACAUUUAGUAUUUGUGAAGAGUAGAACAGUAAGGUGAAAUGGUUUCUUUAACCUGGUGUGUCUGUAACACCGUGCCAUACAUCGACAAAUAACACUACAUUUCGUUUGCGUUAUGGCUGCAUUAUAUGGGGAAGAAAGUAUGUUUUUUUUUAUUUUUUUAAUAUUUUUUUUUAAUAGCUUUUUUUAAAUUUAGGAUUGGGGAUAACAUUAAUAAGAUUUACUGCUGUCAGAUGUUCCGGGUGGCCUAUACGUACAGGUUAUCUUCCUAAUGCUAAAAUAUUGAUAAUUAGCAGUUAAAUAUGCAUAUAUAUAUUUAAUAUAUAAUUGAAAGUAGAUUUAUUCAGAGGUUAU